AUGAUGUCUGAGAGCUCCGGCCCCCAGAACCCCAGCUGCCACAUCAUGACCUUCUACCCAACCAUGGAGGAGUUUAUGGACUUCAACCACUUUAUCGCUCAGAUGGAAUCUCAGGGUGCACACCGAGGAGGCCUGGCCAAGGUCAUCCCACCCAAGGAGUGGAGGGCCAGACAGAGCUACGAUGACAUGGAUGACUUCUUGAUAGCCCGCCCCCUCCAGCAGGUGGCCUAUGGCGGGGCAGGUGUCUUUACUCAGUUCCAUAGAAAGAGGAGAGCCAUGACCCUGAGACAGUACCGCCAACUGGCCACCAGCACAAAAUACCAGACCCCAGCGCACCUGACUUUUGAAGAGUUGGAGCAAAAGUACUGGAAGAGCCGUGCCUUUGGUGCCCCGAUCUACGGCGCUGACGUCAGCGGCUCUCUGUUUGAUGAGAACACGGCACACUGGAACCUCAGGCGCCUGGGCUCGCCUCUGGACCUGCUGGCACAGGAGUGCGGCGUGGUCAUCGAGGGAGUCAACACGCCCUACCUGUACUUUGGCAUGUGGAAGACCACGUUCGCCUGGCACACGGAGGACAUGGACCUGUACAGCAUCAACUACCUGCACUUCGGGGAGCCCAAAACGUGGUACGCGGUGCCCCCGGAGCACGGGCGGCGCCUGGAACGCCUGGCCGGGCAGCUGUUCCCGGGCAGUUCCCGCAGCUGCCAGGCCUUCCUGCGGCACAAGGUGGCCCUCAUCUCGCCCAGCGUCCUGCGGCAGAACGCCAUCCCCUUCCGCCGCGUCACUCAGCAGGCUGGCGAGUUCAUGGUCACCUUUCCCUACGGCUACCACGCGGGCUUCAACCACGGCUUCAACUGCGCCGAAGCCAUCAAUUUCGCCACCCCGCGCUGGAUCGAGUAUGGCAAAGUGGCCUCUCAGUGCAGCUGCGGGGAGGCCAGGGUCACCUUUGACAUGGACCCCUUCGUUCGUAUCCUGCAACCCGAGCGCUACGAGCUGUGGAAACGCGGGCAAGGCCGUGGCGGUGUGCACCUUCCGGAGCCCAUGGGCCAAACAAGCCAGGAGCCACACACGAGCCGGGAGCCAGGCACCAGCCAGACGCUUCUCACCAGCCAGGGGCCAAGCAUCCGCCAGGAGCCACGCAGCAGUGAGGAACCUCACACCAGCCAGACGCUUCUCACCAGCCAGGGGCCAAGCACCCGCCAGGAGCCACGCAGCAGUGAGGAACCUCACAGCAGCCGGAUGCUUCUCACCAGCCAUGGGCCAAGCACCCGCCAGGAGCCACGCAGCAGUGAGGAACCUCACAGCAGCCGGACGCUUCUCACCAGCCAGGGGCCAAGCAUCUGCCAGGAGCCGGGCACCAGUCAGCAGCCAGGCACCAGCCAGAAAGCACGCAGCUGCCUGAAGCCGCGCCCCAGCCGCGAGUUGUGCACCAGCCAGGAGCUGAGGGCGUGUAGGCAGGAUCGCGGGCUCUGGAGGGCGGCCCUGGGCCUCAGGCAGCUUUCCUCGCCCCAGGCUUGUUCCACUGGGCCUGUGCCGGCCUCUGCUAGCACCCGUCGAGCAGCUGCUGUGGGCGCCGGAUCUCAGUGGUCUCUCGGCAGCAGCAAUGAAGUCAAAUCCCAGACUGACGUUCGCAGGUCCAGGCAGCCCAGUCCUGCCCGGUUACCGACUCCAGCUCUGUCUGCCGAGGCUGUACGCCUGUCAGCUGCUAGAGCUGGUCGUGGUCGUGGUCAUGGUCGUGGUCGCGGUCGUGGUCGUGGUCAUGGUCGCGGUCGUGGUCGGCGUCCUCGGCCACUGCAAGCUGAGGAGCCCAGCCUGGAGGCUCCACCCAAGAGGCGGCUGUUGUCCCUCUCUGCACACACAGAGGCUGGCGCGGAGGCUCUGCCCCUGCCCUAUGAUGGAGCUUCAGAGAUCAGUGCUACUCAGAGUCCUGAGCGCCGGUUUCCUGCCGAGGCUUCGGGAUGUUGCUGUGCCCCGGAUCUUCAAGCCUUGGGGCCCCCGCUGGAUCCCCAUGCCCCGAUGCACCCGGGCCCUUGCCUGCUCUCCUUGGACAGCAUCACCGUGGAUCUCCCUGACGUGGUGCCGCUGACUCCUCCCAGCACCACCGUGCAGCCUUUCAGAAGCUUCUGCAGGGACCAUGCUGGGGACUGGGCAUCUCCUGUGAAUCAGGCAGAGGAUGGGGUCGUGUGCCACACUUGUGCCUCCAGAUCCUUGGCUGCGUCUCUGGUUGCCCCCGGCCCUUCUGUUCCUGAUGCCAGUCCCCUCUGGCUCAAGCCACAGGGAGGCGCUUUCUGGUGGCAUGAGCCAAGUCCAGCACCACUGAAUGCUCUUAAGCUCCUGAGCCCUUGA